AUGUUCCUCUGUCCCUUCACCGGACUUCGCUUCGGGCUCAGAGUGGGCGGAACAAUCACAACCAGCCCAUGUGCCCUCGUUUUUGCCCCACUUUCUUUAACCUGUUACCACUUUCCUCAUCAAACACAUGCCGUGAGCUCUGUGUGCCUUGGAAAUGUGUUGCGAGUGAGUGUGGACGGAUCAAUUUUGGCGGGGAAAUCUGCUCGAGUGGAUGCUCUCAAUGGCAGUGAUGUUAUCCCAAUCACCCCUUUCCUGGCUACUCAGUGUGGAUACAGCAUGACCUCAGAUCCUUGGGGCAAUACCCUGCUUUAUGCUUCUCUCCAGCAUUGUUAUGUCCAAUCCAGGGGGGAUGGGACGUUUGACACACAUCUACAGCUCACAACAUAUGGACAAGACUCGGGUAGAGUCCACACUGUGUCCCAGUCAUGCAGCUACUCACAGCUGGCCUUUCGUGAAAUUCUCUGCACCAACAACUAUAUGGAGGUCUCUGUGGAGCAUGGCCUUCCAACCUCUGAGCAAUUGAAACAGAUGAUCUCCAGUGUAAAAGAUGUCACCUCGUCUGAAUCAGUCCCUGAGGGAAUAAAGGUGCCCAGACUCGAGAAGGUGGUGACCUACACACCUGCAGAGAAGGCUUUCACUCCAAUGGAACUCCACAGGCUAGGCUAUGGACUCUAUACUUAUCCAGCUCGCCUGCUGAUAAGAAGCCCAUACGACACAACAGCAACGUAUUCCCAAGAUGUAGAGAUCCCACCAGCCACACACACGCUGGACAUCAACUGUGGCCCCCCAACAAGAUCUGAGCUAAUAAAGACCAUAUGGUUGGAAGAAGGAAACAUACCAACAGACUGGAAGGACGGGCUCAUUGCUGUCAUACCAAAGAAAGGAAACCUCAGGGAUUGCAACAGCUACCGAGGGAUCAUGUUGCUAUCAACACCAGGCAAAGUGUUCAGCCGCAUCAUCUUGGAGAGACUUCGUAAGGGGGUUGAUGAUGAACUGAGAGAAAACCAAGCUGGUUUCAGGAACAAAAGAUCGUGCACCGACCAAAUUGCUAGCCUCAGGAUCAUCAUUGAGCAGUCUAUAGAAUGGCGAACACCUGUUCAUGUCAAUUUCAUAGACUUUGCAAAGGCAUUUGACAGUGUAGACCGUGAAAUGCUAUGGAAACUCAUGGCACACUAUGGAAUCCCCACAAAGUAUACCAACAUCAUCAAGAACAUGUACUGGGACAUGCAAUGCAACGUACUCUUCCAGGGAUGCGCACAAGAAAAAUUCAAAGUACUCACUGGCGUGAAACAGGGCUGCCUGCUUUCCCCUUUCCUCUUCCUUCUGUGCAUUGACUGGAUCAUGGUACAAUCAACCCACAAUAAAAAGACUGGCAUCCAGUGGAGUCUAACAGAACAUCUGGAGGACCUCGACUUUGCGGAUGACAUCGCACUACUCUCCCAUAGCCACCAACAGAUGCAGGACAAAUCCGAACUGCUAGAAAAAACAGCAGCUGGACUUGGACUCAAAAUAAAUGGUCCAAAAACCAAAGUAAUGCGGAUAAACACCAAGAACACGGACCCAAUAACCAUCGGGGACCAGACGCUGGAAGAUGUCGACAAAUUCACCUACCUGGGAAGUGUGAUAGCUGUUGAUGGUGGGACAGAGGAUGACGUGAAGACAAGAAUUGGGAAAGCAAGAACAGCAUUUAACAUCUUAAACAAAAUUUGGAAAAGUAAAAACAUCUCCCUCAAGACGAAGCUUCAAAUCUUCAACUCCAACAUCAAAACCGUGCUGCUCUAUGGCUCCGAAACCUGGAGAACUACCACCAACAUCACAAACAAACUACAAACCUUCAUAAACCACUAUCUGGCAUCUGUAACUGGCUCAUGUGAUCAGAUGAAUGUCUACAUCACUGUUCAGUAUGGAAUCCAAGGCCAUAACUUUGAGACGGUGGUUGGUGGCAGUCUGCUGACCGCUGAGCUGGCCCAACAGUACAGCUUCAAUGAGAAUGGAACCCAUUUCACUUUAACGCUUCCCUUUGGGUCUCCUGACAUCGCCAUUGAGGCGGUCCACUCUUCGAAUGUGAAGGGCAGACUUGAUGUGGCUCUGCAAAACCCAGAGAGGACCUCGAUCAUCACCUAUUUCUCCCUGGCCUGUUCCUUCAUCAUCUCAAUCCUUGAUUGCAGUCCAAAUGGGACCAUUGGGGCACUUGCUGUUAAACUUGAUACUGUGCCCAGCCUCAACCCUGGACAGCUGAGUCUGAACGAUCCCUCAUGUGGGCCUUCCUUCAGUGAUGAUCGCUUUGCUUUUUUCUACUUCCGUGUAGACACUUGUGGGACCACUAGAGCGUUUAAAGAUGAUGUGAUGGUGUAUGAGAACAUGGCCUCCUUGAAAAAUGAUCAAAAUAUCAAGACUCAAUCGACAACCAACGAGGAGCCGAAAUAUCAAUUUGUGUUCUCCUGCAUCUACUCUGUGAAUGCCACUAAAGCUUAUUCCACCAUGCCGCAAUCCACUGCACCAGUGGCCGAGGCCGGAGUGGGAGCUUUCACAGUUCAAAUGAGUCUUGCUCAAGAUGGGACGUACACUCAGUUCUACUCUGAUUGGGACUACCCUGUGGUGACGUACCUCAGGCAGCCCCUCUUCUUUGAGGUGGCGCUGACUACGUUGGGCGAGUGGUGUGUGAAUGGUGUGUGUGUGGUCUUGUGUCCAAUGUAUUUAUUUUUGUUUUGUCUUAGCUGUCCAAAUCCUGAGGACCCAGACCAGACGGUCUUCCAGCCGGAGACGCCUAAUGACGGGGUGCUGUUCCCUUCUCUCUCCAAAAGGUUCCAGGUCAAGAUGUUCUCCUUCGCUGAGGAUGCCCCUGUAGGCCAGGUGGUUUUCCAUUGUGAUGUGGUCAUUUGUGACCCCCACAGCCCCUUGAAUGGAUUGUGCCAUGGACAGUGUGCUAAACAGCAGAUGGGCAGAAAGCAUGUGAAAAGAGGUCCCAGGACGGUUUCUGAACUGCACGUGGAACAUGUUUCAUCUGGAUUUAUCUUCCUGUUAUGAAAUUAAAGUUUAAUAAUUUCCCCUAA